ACAUGAUUUUUUUUCUUCUUUUAAAACAUUUUUGCAAUUUGAAGUAUAGGUCUACGAUCAGCGGCUGUGGAAAUAAAGGCAGGGUACGGGCUUUUGUGGACACAGUGUAUGUAGAACAACUAAAUAUGGAAAAGAAAAAGGCUAUAAAAGUUGCAGUGGUCGGAGGAGGAGUCUGUGGAAUAUGUUGUAUAAAGUGUCUGAAGGAAGAAGGUAUAGAAGGCGUAUGUUUUGAAAAGACUCAAUUUAGUGGAGGCACUUGGAGAUACCAUGAAGAUGAUGUUGAAGGUCUGGCGUCCGUGACAUCCUGCACAGUGGCUAACAACAGCAAGGAAAUGUCAGCCCUGAGUGAUUAUCCUCCGCCUACAGAUAACCCAAACUAUCUAACUCAUAAGAGAAUCUAUAAAUUGAUUCAAGACUAUGCAAACCAUUUUGACGUCCUCCGACACAUGAAAUUUAAUCACGAAGUUAUUAGUGUUCGGCAGGCGGAAGAUUAUGAUGUAACUGGCAAAUGGAUCGUUAAAGUAAAAGAUUUGGUGGCAAAUAAAGUUUCCACGGAUACUUAUGAUGCGGUGAUGAUUUGUUCUGGACAGUUUGGAUAUCCCAAAAUGCCCCACUUUCCUGAUCAAGAAAAGUUCAAAGGUCGUAUCUUGCAUACUAAACAACUGAAGACAUAUGAAUCGUUCAAAAAUGAAAGAGUUGUUGUUGUUGGCUUAGGAUGUUCUGGAGUAGAUGCUGCGACAGAGGCAUGCACGUUUGCCGAACAGGUUUAUCUCAGCUCUGGCAGCGGCGGAUGGAUUCUUCCAAGAUUAGGUCCCUAUGGCCUUCCUUUUGACAUGUGUUACCUCAGACGUUGGUCAGAUUUUAUUAUGAGACUCAUACCUAUUUCUUGGACUAGUUGGUAUUUUGAGGGUAUAUUACAGAGAUUGAAAUUCAACCAUUCCCUAUACGGUCUUCGACCUCCGCAUUCUAUAUUCGCUCAAGAUCCUGUCUUGAGUGAUGCUUUGCCCACUAAAAUCAUAUCUGGCCAUGUUAUCGUUAAGAAUAAUAUUAAAACUUUCACUGAGAAUGGUGUAAUUUUUGAAGGUGAAACGAAGGUCACGGAAGCAGACACUGUUAUAAUGGCAACAGGCUAUGAAUGGAAAUUCCCUGUCCUCCAAGAAGGAAUAAUCACAAAAGAUGGAGACUGUCUUAAUCUGUACAAAUGCAUGUUCCCAGUACAAUUACCUCAUCCAACAUUAGCAAUUAUCGGAUUUAUAUUGCCUUUAGGUCCUGGAUAUCCUUUAGGUGAAGCACAAUGUAGAUGGGCAUCCCUUUUAAUCAGUGGAAAAGUAAAACUUCCCAGCCCAAAGGAAAUGAUGGCUGAUGUAAGAAAUACUUAUGAAAUGAAUCGCAAAAGAUAUAAAAUAUCCGACAGAUUAACAACCAGGGUUGAUUAUAUAGAAUAUUUGGAUGACUUAACAUCUAAGUUUGGAGCAAAGCCAAAUUUACUAAAAAUAUUUUUCACAGAUCAAGAACUAUUUUGGGCGUUAUGGCUAGGGCCCUCAUUGCCCUACCAGUAUAGAUUACAAGGUCCACAUAAGUGGCCUGGAGCUCGGAAAGCUAUACUUACCUAUAAAGAACGAAUACAAGCUCCUCUUAGAAAAGAAGGAUACAAUAAGACUAAGCGAAAAUUUCAGGGUUUCCCUAUCAAACUUGCAUUAGCUUUCAUUGUCUUCUGGUUCUGGAUAACUACACUAGCAGAAAUUAGUUACGCUUAAUCUAAGCCCAAAAUAAUGAAAGAUUUUUUUUAUUUGUUUAAUGGUUUUAAAAAAGAAAUUUUUUGCUAAUAUUGUAAAGGAAAUCAUAAAUUAAAUUUAUAUAAAAAUCAGUUAAAAACAUCUGUACGUAGUUUCUGAUCAUAAACACUUUUUUUUUUUUUUUUUUAAAUUUUAACGUGCAGAACUGUGGUGCACUGGCUGCUGGUGUACAUGUGUUUUAUGCGUACAUUACGGGGGUUAAGCCAGCCCUGAAUUUAGGGGUUCCCAUUUGUUGAAAUGAAAUUUCUCCAAAACAGGACAAUUUUUUUACGUAAUAAAAUACCUGAUUUAAAUUCAAACCUUCGUUAAAAAAUCAAAAUUUCUAUUUAAAUUUUAAAUCAUAGUUAAUUGACUAAAUUUAGUUUAAUUAAUAGGAAUUUUUUAAAUUUUAUAUUUUAAUGCAUUGCCAUAUACAGAGUUAAUCUCUCUUUAAAUGAGUGUUUCCGUUACUACAUCAUUUGAACUAAUACCCUGAUGUUCCCAUUCUGAAGGUUUAGAAACUAUCCUGCGAAGGCAACCCUUCCCUUAGGCAGAUAACUCUCAAGGUUUUGCUGUAACCACACAAACCAAAACCAAACCUAUUCUGAAGAAAGGUUAUAAGCAUUAACACAUUUUACGAUUUUACCACCGUAUAAUUUUUAUUUGCAAUAAUAUUUUAAGAAUAUUCACAUUUUAAACAUUUUAUUAAAAAUAUUGAAGGAAAUUUCGAGUAAAUUGGGAAAGCUAUAAUUUUCCGAAACUUUAAACUUAUUAUUUUAACUUACAACCUAUUAUUAAUUUCUUAUACAGAAAUAAAGGAAUGAUGAAUAAAAAUUGUACUAUUAAUUACGUAUUACUUUUAUUUUAUUGUUUCAUACAAUUAAUGAGAUCAAACUCCUUGUUCAAAAAGUACAAAAGGUAUUAAUAUAAAUAAUUUCAUAUGAAAGUAUAUACCUAUAUGAGUUAAAAUAAACAAACAAAAUCAAUGAUAGUCUCUUUUCCUUUAAGCUGCUUUUUUUUAAAGAUUCUCAGAAUUUAAGGUAAAAUUAUUACUGGCAAAAAUACUAUUUGGAUAAAGAGUUAGAAUGAUUUAUUUCAAAUAAAAAGAAUGUAUAAAAAGAAGUCUUUGGUUUGUGUAUCAUUAACGUCAGCUAGCAAAGCUCCACCAGAUCUAUCACUACCGAAUAACUUCAGAUUUAUUAAUUCAUAAGCGCUAUAUUAUUACUAACAGUCAGACAUUGUUUAACUCAGAAAACAAUAACAAUAUUUUUCUUAUCAUUUUCUUUUUGUUUUCGUAAAAAUUCCUACAUUGCUUUGUUGCCCUGUGAAAUAAACGAGUAAAAUAUAUUAUUUUCAAAAUUAUAAUAGUAAAGCUGACUUUCUGCAUUGAUGAAAACUCAAUCCUAAAAUGUUAAGUAAUUAUGACUAAACAAUUAACUGUACAGCGUUCAAGGAAGGAAGUAUGAGGUAAAAAAUGCAAAAAUUUUGUUUCCCUCGGAGAGAAGAGAAGUCGGAAUAAUUCAAUUAACCGAAGAGUUUUCUGAACUACAGCGACUGAUGACUGUAUUUCUUGGCUCCACGAGUGGCUGAGUGGUUAAGGCAACUGAAUAUUCGUAGUUCGACCUGGUUUGAACUGGCUGGCUGCAUGGUUGAUUUUCGUGGUUUUCCCCAUGUGUAACUUGAAUGCAAGCCUUUUUCAUUCAAAGCGUCUUCCAUAAAUACAUCCCUCUUCUUAGGCAGACAGCCCUUGCGGCGGCUUUGUUAUAUUCAAAUAAUCUAACCUAGUGUAACUAUAUCUCUAAUAAAUAAUAGCAGAGCGCUUUGAUUUACAUAUAACUUCAUGUGCAACCGUGCAUAUUUUUAAAACUAAGCAACAGAGCAACCAUACACACAUGUAUACAUUCUAUAUGAAGAAAAUUCUGGAAAACUCAUGCAGUCAAACCUUUCAGUCGACGAGAAUAGAAAUGGAGCCGAACUACCACAGUUUCACGGCUUUAGCCGUUGAACCAUUGAUCAGCUUAAAGAAGAGAGAUCCGAAUCCCAUCUGCAUCCAUCAUUUGUUCAAGAUUAAUGCUAAUCUGUGAUUGUAAAUUACUAACUUAAUGAAUGAAAUUUAGUAUGCAGUUCAAAAAAGAAAUUAUUGUAUGAUAACAAAAAGAAGAGAGACCGUUUUGUUGUCAUUCGUAUUCUUUCGAAAUGUGUACAAAAUUUCUUUAAAGUGAAUUCGACUCUUACAUAGAAAUUUGAAGAGUUUAAAGCUGAUGUGUUCACUGCAUUUGCUAUUUGCUAAUACAUUUUAAAAGUUACCCAUGACUUACGAAGGCCAGAACUGACAGAAUAUUACGUGUGAGAUAAUGUUACGGUGCCAAUAUUUAGUACAAAUUCCGACGCAAAUUAUACGCGAAAUGUUUUUUGAGAUUUUAGCAACUUUAAAAAAUUUCUUUCUUACACAGACGAAUGCGAGUGAUAUUUUAGCUAUACUUCGGAUUUUGAAGAUUUUAUUGGUUAAGCCUCAAAAAGGCAUUGAAUUGAAUAUUAUUACUUCAUAUUGUUAAAUUUAGUAAAAAAAAGUCUGUAACGUGAGAAUAGAUGCCUGAAUGAAUUUCAAGAAAUUACACUUAUUUAAUAUAUAUAUAUUAUAUAUAUAUCAGAUGAAAGUUAAGAAAAAGAUAAAUAUUUUAGAAAUUUGAUUACAAAAAAAUUUAGAAGGCUAAAAUAAAUGAAACUUGCAUUGUUUACUUAACCCUGCGUUAUGCGCGCUGCGUAGACACCUGCCACCCAUACGCUUAAUCUACAGUUAAUCGUAAAGUAACAAAAUUUUUGUACGUUUAUUAUGUUUAUUGAUAUAAUUGAUGGUUUAAUACAGCAAAAAGUAACUAGCCAAAUAUUAUGCUAUAAUAUGAUUCCCUUUUCACUUCUAAAGUAUUCUUUUAAUUGGUGAGUGAUCAAACUAAAUUUCCUAAUGCUUAAUUUUUAAGAUAACUACAGAAGAGCGAGAGGUUUGAGACCCCUAAGAAUUAUGAAAGCGAUUAUAUUUUCGCUGACCCUAAAGGUAGUGGACUAGAAAAAAAAGAUAUCUUUUCUUUUUUUCUCUAAAGAUCGGGAAUGAAACCCUUGCUAAUCAAUCGAACUCGUGCUAAAAUUAAAAUAAUUCUCUGAUUUACGCCAAACUUUAAAAACAGUUUCUGAUGAUAGAUAUGCAUAUGUACAUUAAUAAUUUUUAUGUAUUAGAAGCUUUUUAAAUUGUUAUAUUUUUGACAUAAUGCGAUGAUGAAGGAGUGCCCAGGACACACCCCUUCUAGCUACGCGUCUGCAUGAUAACACUUAUCAAACUCUGAAGUACAUUAAAUUUUUUAAAUGUAGGAAAGUUACGUUAAGUGAUAAUAUGGAAAAUGUUUUGUGUAAUUUUAUGUAUAGGAAAAUGUCGUUCUUUUAAACUGAGCAUGCUUUCAAAAUGUAUGUUGUUAGAAAUUGUUUGUAAUUUUUAAAAGUUCAAAGACCUCAGAAAGUACAAGUUUCUAGUUAUAUUUUAAGAAUAUACCUGGUACAUUUUGUGUGUGUGUGUGUUUUGUGUUUGUAUUCUGUUAUAAGUACUUUUUCCCUUUUUACGUAAAGGAUUUUUCUUUCUUCACAUUAAGUUUGUCAACUAUCAAGCACCUCUGCUUUUGUGCCAUAAUUAAAGGUUACGCUUGAUGAAAAUGCAUUUUCCGCAGUCGUGACUAAAAUAUGCUAAUUCAAUAUCAUAAUUAUUGUAAUUACUAUUUAUGUUAUUCUAUUCUUAGUUAAUCCGUUUAUGCUUUAUUAACAAAGAAAAAAUGUGAAACCUCAAUUCUUUUGACUGUGUUUUGCCAUACAUUAUUUUCAUAUGAAUGUUUAGAAAAAUUGUUUUGGAAUAAAAUUUGUUAUUUCAAUUGGUA